UUCCCGUCUUUCUUCCUCUUCAUGUUUGCCGAAAUCACUAUGAAAUGAAGUUUCUAAAACUUUUGAAGGUUGAUGCUUGGUUUAUCUGUUUAACAUAAAACCCUAAUGCGAAAAAACCUAUUCCGAAGGAACCUCUUCCUAAACAUCCACGCCACAACGAUAUAUCAUCUUUAUCAUCUCAAAAUCCAAUUCGCAAGCAUUAUCUCAUUUAGGAGUUAAACAACUUUAGAUAGCCUCUGUUUUUUCCUUAACCACACGAAAUAAAUCUACACAGAGCAAAAUUCAAAUAAUUAUUAUGUAGCAUUUACCUUAAAACAAAUCUUCUUUUUCCUUAAUCCUAAUCGCAUUUACUAAAAAGAAAACCAAAAGUCCAAUAAUAAUGAGUGACCCUUGAGUGUUUGAAAAUUGUCAAAAUUACCCUUCCACCAAAUAAAGAGAACCAAUCAAAGUACAAGGUGGCAACAAUUAAACGUCGCACAAUCCAUAUCUAUCUUCUGCUCGCUAACAAACUGCAGCUGCAAUGGCCGGAAUCAGCGGCGGCGGCGUUUCCCUGACGGAGGAUUUAAUGGAGAGCAUCCUUCUAAGGCUGCCAACAGCUUCCUGUAUCGCUAGAUUCCGCUGCGUUUGCAGAUCCUGGCGUGUUCUCCUCUCAGAUCCUCAAUUCAUUCUCAAGAUCCUCUUUUCCCCCAAUAAUUCCGACGAUGAAUCCUCCCUCCAGAUCCUAAUCACCGCCGGCGGAGACGCCGCCACGCCAUACGAAAUCCGCCGCCACCGUUACUCCUUGCUCUCCUACGAGACCCUCCGCCCCAUCUCUGCCCCAAAUGCAGAGGGGGAUUUGCCCUCCGACCGGCUACCCUGCCCCUCUGCAAUCGUCGCCGGGUGUUGCGAUGGCAUAUUCUGUAUCGUCGAGUUCGACCCCUAUAUGAAGGGCGGCCCCGGCGUCAUUCUGUGGAAUCCGGCCACCUCAGAGACCAAAGUACUCCCCGCUUCCACCGCCGUCCCACAGCGCACCCUCUUCCCUCAUCAGCAUAUCACCGGUUUCGGGUUCGAUCCCCAAACCAACGACUACAAGGUCGCUAGAAUGUUGUAUUUCGGCGAUGCGUGUGAUGAUGUGGAUGAUGACGGUCUUCCCGCCGAGACUUUAACCACGCUUAUUUAUGCGGAGGUGUUUAGCUUGAGGAAUGGAUCAUGGAAGAGUCUAACCAUCAAUGGUGAUCUGAUCCCGUACCUCGGGUAUGGCGGCAGCUAUGUUCAUCCACAGCAGCAGCCGGACAAUCACAAUAAUUCUCAAAACCAGAGGAGACGCGACUGCUACUGGUUUUAUGCAGAGUCGGGAGUUUGCUUUACUCUUCGGUUCGACAUGACUGAAGAAGGAUUUGAAUCCACCUUCAUAACCCUCCCUCCUCCCCUCCGCGGCAAAGGAUUGGCUUCGAUCGGGUGUUUUGUGAUGAAGGAUUCACUUCACACCAUGUUUCACGAUUGUAGCGGGGAUUGCGAGAAUUACUCCGUAUGGUGCAUGCUGAAACAGGAAGUUGCUGAGUCUUGGAUCAGAUUGUAUACCUUCACGUCGCACGCGUGGUUUGUGGAGAUCUUACAAGUUUGGAAGGAGGAUCGGUACAUCGGAAGUGUGAGCUCGCAGCCUCACGAAGCAGGAGAAAAGGACGGAGUCUACAUUUUCUCCCCGUCGACGGGGAAAAACGGCGAUCGUGUUGAAGUUCAGGGCAGAACGCAUCCGUUCCAAGCGCACAUUUUUACUCCGACCCAGGUUUCACUUUCUGAUUUCGUAUAGUAGUUGCAGUAGUACUGAUCGUUGUGUACCAUGUCAAUCAUCUUUCAUGUACGUUCCCGCCUCAAUAAGGCCAUCGAUGAACGCACAAGUAGUGUGGUAGGCAGUAGUUUAUGACAUGGCCAUUGUUCAUGAUUGGAUGGCACAUGCUAUCAGACUAUGAACCUGAUAGCUAAGUUACCACCGCAGGUUGUGCGAUAACAAAUGGAAGUAAAGUGAGAAGCCAGAUAAAUCUUGCAAUGGUAAAUGGUUAAGCUGGAAAUAACUCACAAUACAAAUGGAAAUCAAACGCAGUUGUUCACAGCAGACAACAAAAGAGUAAAUUUCCAAGCAUUAAACAGAACACAAAAGA